ACCCAGCGUCACCCCAAAUUCUCGGGGUAGGGUUGGAGUCACCCAGGGCCACCCCAAAUUCUCGGGGUAGGGUUGGAGUCACCCAGGGUCACCCCAAACUCCCAAGAGCCAGGAAGGGGCACCCCCAGAUUUGCCCAGCAGCCGCAGUGGGGAAACGCCAGAUUCACCCCAGUAUUUCCGAGAUUUGGGAUGGGGGGAACCCCAAACUCAUCCCGUGUCCUGCGGGGGACACUCAGGCUCAUCCCAGGAGUGGGAAUGGGGGACCCGGGCUCAUCCCGGGAGUGGGAAUGGGGGACCCGGGCUCACGCCGGGAUUUGGGGCAGGGGGACACCCCGGCUCACCCCGUGUCACUGGGAUUUGCUGGGGGGACCCCCAGGCUCGCCCCCAAUCCCCAGGCUGACCCUGCUGUCCCUCCUCUCCCUGCCACAGCCGUGGGCAAAUCCACCUUCCUGCGCCUGCUGGCCGCCGCCUUCCCGCGGUGGCACCUGGUGACAGAGCCGGUGGCGCAGUGGCGCCGGGUGCCAGGGGCCGCUGGCACUGCCCAGGAUCCGGGGGGCAGUGCCAACCUGCUGCAGCUGAUGUACCAGGAGCCCGCCCGCUGGUCCUUCACCUUCCAGAGCCUCUCGUGCCUGAGCCGCCUCCGGGCCGUGCUGGAGCCCCCCGAGGGCGGCGGGGGGACCCCCGGGACCGCCCCCAGCGUGAGGGUCUUUGAGCGCUCCCUGUUCAGUGACAGGUACGUGUUUGCCAAGACCCUGCUGGAGAACGGGCACCUGCAGCCCCUGGAGUGGGCGAUCUACCAGGACUGGCACGAGCUGCUGCUGCGGCACCUGGCACCGCACGCUGCGCCCCACGGCUUCCUGUACCUGCGUGCCAGCCCCCAGACGUGCCUGGAGCGGCUGCGGCGGCGGGCUCGGAGCGAGGAGGGCGGGAUCCAGCUGGGCUACCUGGAGCAGCUGCACGGCCAGCACGAGCUCUGGCUGGUGGCCAGGGCCACUGAGAUUCACUGUGAGGCAGCGCGGAGCGCGCCCGUCCUGGUGCUGGACGUGGAGCAGGACUUCGAGCACGACGUGGCCAGGCAGGGCCAGCUCAUGGCACAGGUGGAGGCCUUUGUGACAUCCCUGGGUGCCCACUCUGUGCCAUCCCAUCCUGAACCCCUGAGCUCCGGGCAAGGGGCGGCGUCUGCCUGAGGACCCCGAGGAGAGGGGACAGUCCCAAGGAGAGGGGACACGGUCCCGAGGACAAAGGACACGGUCCCAAGGACAAGGGGACGUGGUCCUGAGGACAGGGGACAGUCCCAGGGACAGGGGACACGGUCCUGAGGACAAAGGACACAGUCCCAAGGAGAGGGGACACGAUCCUGAGGACCAGAGACACGAUCCAAAGGACAAGGGACACAAUCCUGGGAACAGGGGACACGAUCCUGAGGACAAGGGACAUGGUCCUAAGAACAAGGGACAUGGUCCCGAGGACAGGGGACACGAUCUUGAGGACAAAGGACAUUGUCCUAAGAACAAGGGACAUGGUCCCAAGGACGGGGGACACGAUCCCAAAGACAAAGGACACAAUCUUGAGGACAAGGGACACGUCCUGGUCCCCUGUGUCCUGUCCAGGGCAGGAUCCUCAGGGCCCUGUGGGGUUUUGGGGUCAGGAUUCCCCAGUCCUUGCUGUGACCCCCUGUCCGUGUUUGGGGUGAAUUUCCUGCUGGAAUUCCCGUGGAAAAUCCCGGUGUUUAACCCAACCCCCGUGGUUUGUUAUUUUGUAUUUAAUUGUUUCCCUUAAAUUAACAUCAAAUCGCU